AUGGUCCAAAACAGUGAGAAUCAAGUCCUCAGAGGCCAAGUGGCUCUGGUAACUGGCGCUUCGCGCGGCUGCGGCCGCGGAAUUGCCAAAGAAUUGGGCCGAGCCGGCUGUAUUGUGUAUAUCACUGCGUUGCGCAUGGAAGAUGAAGAUCCUAUGAUUCAAGCGGUCCGAGAAAAGCUGCCUACGUUGGAGAGUGUGGCUAAAGAAGUAGGUUGACUAAAUUUUUUGACGAAAAAUCGGAAUUUUUGAGGAUUUUUGGGGGAAAAAAUUUUGCACUGUGCAGUAAAUUUUUGAAGUUACAAUUAGUGUAGAAAUGGGGUAAAAUACGCUUCGCCAAUGUUUAUGAUUGUUUUUCUAGCACUGCAGACAAAUAUGUGUCUAAUAAUUUUUUGAUCGCAUCGCUUUUGCUAGCCAAAAUUUUAAAAAAAAAUUUUUUGCACUGUGCAAAAAGUUUUUGCCUGCACAGUGCAAAAUCAUGGUAAAAUACGAAAAAUAAGAUAAAAUAAAAUAAUUAUACAGCGCCAAAAACUACUAAUUACUUUAUAACUUUCACAAAUCCAAUGCUGUUUUAGCCAAACUUUUUUAAAAAAAAAUUUUUGCACCGUGCGAAAUUUUCAAAUUAAAAAAAUGUCUGAAACAGCAAAACAAAAAAAAUUCGCCGUUUUUGAAAACUCUAAUGUUUUUUUUUUAAUUUCAGAUAGAAGAUCUCGGUGGAAAAGCGAUUCCGAUUUACUGUAACCAUGAUAAUUCCGACGAAACUGCUGCAGUUUUUGAUCAAAUCAAGCGGGAACAAGAUGGCCAUUUGGACAUUCUUGUCAACAAUGCGUUUGCUGGAGUGCCGGUAAGGAAUUUUUAUGGAUUUUUUGAAUUUUAAUUUUUGAAAAAAUUUGAAUAUUCAAAUUUUUUUGAAUAUGCAAAUUUUGAUAAUUAUCAAAAUUUUUCAUUUUUAAACCUUUAUGGAUAUUCAAAUUUUUCAAUUAUGCAAAUUUUUUAAAAAUAUUCUAAUUUUACAAAAUUUUCAGUACAUGCUAAAAUACAUGCAUACAAAAUUUUUCGACCUCCCGGAGGACAUCUAUGACACCUUGAACAAUGCCGGCCUAAAGGGCCAUUACUGGUGCGCCAGACACGCGGCCAAAAUGAUGAUUCAAAAGGGGAAGGGAUUUAUUGUCAAUAUCAGCUCGUUUGGAGGGAUAAACUACACGUUUAAUGUUGCGUAUGGCGUUGGCAAAGCUGGAGUAAGUUCAAAAUUCAAUUUUUAGACAUUGAUUUUUUCUUGGAAAAUUUUGAAAUUUUUUUGGAAUAAUUUUUUUAUUUUGGGAAAAUUAAAGGGUUUUUUGAUUGUAAAAUACAAAUUAUCCAAAGGUCGGUUUAAAAUACGAUAUAACCUGUUUAUUUUUUACCAUUAUAAAUCCAAAUUCAAUCAAAAAUCUCAAAGAGAAGCCAAACUUUCCUUCCAAAAACGAAAAAAUCCGCAAAAAAUCGUUUCCUUUUCAAAAUUUUCGAAAAAACCUCAUGAAUCUACAAAAUAUAAAAUAUAUAGAUGAUGUGCAUAAUCUAAACCCCACUAUCCCACCAUAAAAUCAACCAAAAACAAUUUUGACCCCGACGUGAUUCGAACACGCAACCUUCUGAUCUGGAGUCAGACGCGCUACCGUUGCGCCACGGAGUCACACGGGCCGGGUUCUCUCGGUUUUCUCUUUGAGUGCGGGUUUUUUCGGCUGGCAAAAGAGAAAAAAGGGUGGGGACAAAAAGAGAAAUUGAUGGGAAAAGAGUGGGUUUAUCAUAAAAAAGAAGGUUGAAAAAAAUAAAAAUGUAUACCUCUAAAUCAAAAUUUAUUAAAAUUUGCAAUUCCAAAGACUCUGAGAGCCGUUUGUGGGAUUUUUCCUAAACUUAUUGUUUUCGUGGUGGGACCCAAAUUGAGAUUUUUUUGUUCCUUGGAGCGUCUUGGUACCUUUAAUGGUAUUAUUCACAGUUUUGGGCAAUUUUAGCCGCUUUGCGAGAACUUUCCCAAUUUUAUUGUUUUCGUGGUGGGACCCAAAUCAAGAUUUUUUGUUUCUUGGAGUGCCGUGGUCCUUUCAAAGAUACUAUUUAUAACUUUGGACAACGUUGAGUCGUUUUGUGAGAUUUUUUCCAAUUUCAUUGUUUUCGUGGUGGGACCCAAAAGACGCAAAUUUUCAUGGAACAACAAAAUUUUUACUAAUCUUGAAACUUUGCUAGCUUCCAAAGACCGUACUGUAAUCAAAAUUAAUAUUCCAAAAUGCAAAAAAUUGCAAAUUUUUAAAAAAAAUUUGAAAAAAUCCAAAAAUUCCGCCAAAAAUUCUAAUUCUUCCCUUUCAGCUGGACCGAAUGGCCUCAGACAUUGCCUGGGAGCUCAAGGAGUUCAAUAUCCCUUGUAUUUCCUUCUAUCCUGCGCCCAAUCGAACCGAAUUAUUUUCCAAAGAAGUCGGCUUAAUCAAGCGCCAAUCAGUGAUUGAUGCCUACGCUGAAGCGGAGUCUCCCGAAUUCUCCGGGAAAUGCAUCGUCAAGUUGGCGACGGACCCGAAUUUGAUGAAGAAAACGGGGAUGAUAAUCAAUUCCAUACAAUGCGGAAAGGAGUAUGGAAUCAAGGACAUUGAUGGCAGUAAGUUAAUGCAGAAUUAACGCAAAACUGCAAAAAAAUCUUGGUAGUUUGAUAAAAAGUCCAAAAAUUUGAAUAAUUUUGCACAUUGACGAAUUUGCAAAAAAAAAUUGCAAGAUUUUGCAUAGAUUUGCCGAAAAUUACAGAGUUUCCAGAGAAAGAAAUUCCGCAGAAAGUUUUUGUCGAUUUCUCGGCGCUCAGGCAAGAUAUUCAAAAAAUUCUUUUAGCUGUAGAAAGAAGAAGAUGGGCGGUUUUUCGGCUAAAAAACUUCUCCUCUCCGCCAACGAGGAAAGUUGUGUAUUCGGCGGAGACUUUUGAUCGCUUUUUUGGUCAAAAAAAGACAAAUAAAGCGUCUAAGAUUGGUGUAAUGACCAAAAAAGCGAUCAAAAGUCUCUGCCGAAUACACCACUUUCCUCGUUGGCGGAAAGAAGAAGAAGUUUUUUAGUGGAAAAACCGUCCAUAUUCUUCUUUCUACUGCAAAAAGAAUUCUUUGAAUAUCUUGCCUGAGCGCCAAGAACUCGACAAAAACUUUUCGCGGAAUUUCUCUGGAAACCCUGUAAUUUUCGGUAAAUUUAUGCUGAAAAUCUUGGAAUUUUUUUUUGCAAAUUCGUCAAUGUGCAAAAUUAUGCAAAUUUUUGGGCUUUUCAUCAAACCACCAAGAUUUUUUGCAGUUUUGGAAAAUUUAUGUAAAUUUUCGAAAAUUAUGUAAAUUUUCAGGACAACCCGACAAUUCGUUGUUCACCAAGGAGCAUUUCGAAUUUUUGGACCGACUAAAUGAAACACGCACCAAGAUGAUGUUGUAA